UCUACGUUUUUAUGUAUACCCCCUCCCCGCCUUAGUACAGAGAGAGGAGGAAAAAAUAAAGUACGUUUACAAUCCCCCGCCUCUUCUACAGUAGGCUACUUCUACUACAUUUAGGCUACACUACCACUUCCUCAUGUUCUGCGGCGCCGGGCUGCUGCUGACCGGCUCCAGCCAUGUCCAAAGAGAAUUUAGCCGGCGGCGGCAAUGACGGGACCGCAGACAAACGAACAGGUCAGUAGAUCAGUGGAGCAAACGCACACUCGAGGAAGUCCUGGGACGCGCUCGUGGAAAUUUAAUAAUUUUGGCCAUAUUUGUGGCAUUCUACCAUGUAAUUUCGCAGGAUCCUUGCAGUUAGGAGAAACCAAUAGCCUURCUGUUUCUCGGCCUGAUGUCAUAACACACCACCUGGAAAGAGCCAUGCCUGAUAUCAUAACCCCCCACCUGGCAGGAGCCAUGCCAAUCCAAGAGCUGUCUAGGAAACGGAAGGGGGAUCUAGACAACAGGGAAGAUGGUGAUGCUGAAAUAGAGGAGGAACAGAGCAGAUCGGAAGACGAUGAUCAACAGGUGAAAAUAAAAUGCUUCAGGGAGCCACACAGCCAAAUUGAAAAGCGGCGGAGGGACAAAAUGAACACCCUUAUCGACGAGCUGUCAGCCAUGAUCCCCUCCUGUAACCCCAUGGCCAGAAAGCUUGACAAACUCACUGUGCUGCGAAUGGCUGUGCAGCACCUCAAAGCCCUYAAAGCAGGUGCUAGCAGUUCCUUUACUGACGUUAACUACAAACGCAAGCCUUCGUUUCUGCCUCAGGAUGAUCUCAAGCACCUGGUGCUCACGGCUGCAGAUGGGUUCCUGUUCGUGGUGAGUUGUGACAGGGGGAAGAUCCUCUUUACCUCAGAAUCCGUCUCCAAGUUCCUCAACUACAGUCGG